AUCUUGUUUCUGUUUAAAUCUAGUCUCACAGUUUUCUGUGAUGGUUAUGUCAGGAGUAGGGUUAGGCCAUAUAAAAUAUUACUAACCUGAUAUAAAAAACAUGGGAGUCUGUAAGAUGUGCUCAAAAAUAGAGUGAAACCAGUGUGAUGUGAUGUGAUAUUUUCUGCUUUCAAGGACCGAAGACAAACGUAUUGAAGUAAAUGUAAAUGUCUAAAUAUCGGUUGGACGAAAAGCGUUGCCUAACUACAAAAAAAUUAUUUCAAAGGGGGAACCCUUGUUCGCUUGAUCCGAUCCUAUACGGACAUUUGUAAUGAAGAACUCGUUAGCUAUAAUAGAAAUAGUGGGUAGAAAGGCAGCAGGAACCGAGUAGGGCUGUCAAAACGACGGGUCUUGAAAUCAUCUCUAAAUAGGCAGGCAUGAUUAGUAGCUAAAAAUGUAUUUUAAAUUAAACCGGUUUUUAAGUUUCUAAAUUACAACACUCGGCUACAAAUAAUCGUCCAGGCCACUGCAGAAGUAGCACAUCUUCACGUGAUACAGGUUGCUUUUCUCAUCGCUUCUCGCAAUGGACCAAGCACAGUUGUUAUUGUUUACUCUGAAUGAGGCAUUAAUGUUGUUGGUUGACAUUUGCAAUUUAUGACAGAAUCCUUUCAAUUGAAAAAUCUUUAAUUAUUUUAUUUUAUUAUAUGAUAGUGUUUUUAGGGUUCAAAUAUCCCCAGCGGCACAAAAACAAUCAUUGAGAUUUAAAUGCGUUUCAAUGUGGCAUUCGGCUUUUGAGCCGCCAGGCGCCCCCUAGAGGAAAACAACUUCUAAGCAUAAGACGUGUCGGUUUCCAGUCGUGUCUGUGAUGCGAGGGCCAGUGCGUUGGGUGUUAUGGGAUGUGAAGGACACCCUGUUAAAGGUCCGCCGCUCGGUUGGAGAGCAGUACUGCCUCGAAGCAGAGAGAGCAGGACUCAAGGUGCCAGCUGCUCAGCUAGAAACUGCUUUCAGACAGACUUACCGGCAGCAAUUACGCCUAUUUCCCAACUAUGGCAGAGCUGUGGGCAUGAACAGCCAGGUGUGGUGGACUGGACUAGUGAGGGACACUUUUGCCCAGUGUGCGGUAGAUGACCCUGCUUUACUGGACAGUCUAGCCCACAACCUUUAUCACAACUUUUGUGGACCAGAAAACUGGGAGGUGUUUCCUGAUUCUAAUAGCACCCUCAAGUUCUGCACCGCUUUAGGACUCGAGCAAGGCGUAGUCUCCAACUUCGACAAGCGUUUGGAAGGGAUCCUGAGGGGAUGUGGACUUCUCAAUCACUUCUCAUUUCUGCUGACCUCAGAAGAUGCUGGGGUUGCUAAACCAGACCCUGCCAUUUUUAUCCAGGCACUGGUACGGUGUGGUGUUCCAGCCUCCAGUGUAGUUCACGUUGGGGACCAUUUUGUGAAGGACUACCUGACCUCACACUCAUUGGGUAUUAGAGGUUACCUGCUUGACAGACAAGACUGUCACGGGCACCUUGAUGUUCCUCCACAGCAUAGAUUACAGAGCCUAGAUGAACUACCAGCUCGAUUAAAACAGGAUGCAGACUGAAGAGUGCACACAUUUUAUCCAGUGCAGCUGAUGAUUAUGUAAUGUUGCUGCAGGGUUAAACACAUUUUAAAUGGACCAUAUUUUUUCCCAGAUGCACGUUUUAUUUGAUGAAACGAGACGUAAGCUGAAACAUCAAUGUGGGACAGGAAAACAAAAAAAUCAUGUUCUUUUAAAAGUUAAGAUUUAAUAAAACCGUAAUUGCCAAUACAUUAUUUUAUUGUUAAUCUGCCAAUAAAUUAUAUAUUGUUUGUGAAAAUUGUCAGAUUGUUACCAGUCAUUUGUAGAUAUAGCAUCUGGUAAAAUACUGGUCAGAUAUAGUCCCCAAAUAUAAAGGUUUGACUGAUGGUCUCAGUUACACUCUCUCUCUCGCUCUAUGAAGAGUUUAUUUGCUAAAUUUUCUUAUCAAAACAUGAGUUUUGAAAAUUCUUAAAAAUUGAUGUUUUUGCAAAUGUACUCUUCAUAUAAAGAAAUUAACAAUCAAUUGUUUAGUGAUAAAUUGGCAAAUAAUAACUCGAUUACGACUUGUAUAUAGAUUAUUAAAUAAAUUAACCUAUAGUUAAAGACAAAAACGCAUUAAAACACAUUAAAUGUCUUGUAAUAGACUAUGAGGGACAUUGUUACUUUAAGUUGGUGUGACAGUUGAACUUUUAAACAUUGUUGAACAUUUUCAUGAUAUGACUGAUAACAUCAGCUGAAAAGCAAACAAAAUUAUUUAUAUAAUAUAAUUGUUGUUGUUUUUUUUUUUGUACGGAUCAGAAUAUAAUUUUUUCAGUGAAAUAGUUCAAGACAAUAAUAUUAAAAACAAUAGGGGCAGUUUCUGUAGAGAGCUGAUAUCAUUGUUUCAGCGCAGAGGCUGCUGUGGAUAGAUGGUGAAGGAGAUCACAUAACCCUCUUAUUCCUUCCCAUCUGCUUCAGCAGAUACCAGCUAUGGUUUGAUAUUAAAAAGAACUGGGGCAAAAAUGAGAAUGGCAAAAAUACAAUAAGAUGAUGAUAAUGCUCUUCAAUUAUUGUGGAAUUUCCAUAAGAUGAGAAGAUUUUGAAAUGAGGGCAAACACCAGCAGGACAGAGACGGUGAAUAUUGUCCCCGUACAGAGUCGCUGUUUCCUGCUUGUUUCCUCAGGUGAUGUUCACAUAAUCGACACUAGAAUACAUCCGCUCUUUUGUGGUAUCUCGCUGCUCCAUAAGUGUAUUGUGUAUAUUGCUGGAGUUCCCUAAGCAGAGCUCUUAAAACAAAGCUGGCUUUGGAGGAUCAGCCAGUCGGCUAUGAGGGGCUGUGCUGCAAUC